AUGUCCCAUAAACUGCAUGUUAGCCCAGCUUCUGGAAACGCUUUCUCCCAAGCAGCUCUUCUACACCUGCAGAUGCAAAGUAAACAUGACGCAGCCACAAACUUCAUUGAUGCUGGCAAUGCCUUUAAAAAAUCAGACCCUCAAGAAGCCAUAAACUGCUUGAACAGGGCCAUAGAGAUCUAUACAGACAUGGGUCGAUUUACAAUUGCAGCGAAACACCACGUCACCAUUGCUGAAAUUUAUGAAACGGAACUGGUGGACAUUGACAAGGCCAUAGCUCACUAUGAACAGGCAGCAGACUAUUAUAAAGGCGAGGAGUCCACAAGCUCUGCCAACAAGUGCCUUCUCAAAGUUGCCACCUAUGCAGCUCAACUGGAGCAGUACCCUAAAGCCACUGAGAUCUAUGAACAGGUUGCAACACAUGCAAUGGACAGCACUCUGUUGAAAUACAGCGCAAAGGACUAUUUCUUUAAGGCUGCUCUCUGUCACUUCUGUGUGGACAUGCUGAAUGCUAAGCUUGCUGUCCAGAAGUAUGAGGAAAUGUUUCCAGCCUUUUCAGAUUCACGUGAAUGCAAAUUGGUGAAGAAACUUUUAGAUGCCUUUGAGGAACAGAACGUGGAUGCAUAUACUGAUGCUGUAAAGGAGUAUGAUACCAUCUCACGACUGGAUCAGUGGCUCACCACCAUGCUGCUUCGUAUCAAGAAAUCCUUACAAGAUGAUGAAAGUGACCUUCGCUAAGAUCCUCUUCCUCACCUGUGCCCCCUUUGCCACUUGGCUAUCGCCAUCUCGCUCCCUUUUACCACCAACUCAACUCUCAGUGCCUUAACGUCCUUGCUUUACCUCUCUCUCUCUAUGACACGGCCGUACCGCCACACUUCAGAGAACACUAAAGAAAGCAAGGCUGUUGUUUGAAUGAGAUUUGAGGGAUUGUGGCUUGAGAGCCGAAACCAGCCUCAGUUGUAUCAUUGGGUGCUGUGCACACCGAGCUUCAGAAACGCCUUGUGCUCUGGCUGAGAAAAUGCUACUGAGCUCAAAAAGCCUUUGUUCAUUCUGUUCAAUCCUUUAGUUCAAUUUUAUUCUUAUCGGAAAUACCAUACCUUGUAUCUCUGCCUAUUUUUUGCUAGCUGAUUCCUGCAUGGACUAAUCUUGAAUAAUUAUUUGAAAUUCUCUACUAGUUUUUUUUUUUUUUUUUGACAUAUGGAGAAGAAAAAGAGUAAAAUAAGGACUGAUUCAACCUA